CUUUGUUCUCUCCCUGCAUGUUCUAUGGGCUCGUUUUUUGUCAUGUAACACAGAUUUUCACGAGGGCUUGGCAGAGUCUUUCUUCGGUUUCAUUUCUUUUGUUUUGUCUCCUUUCACAUUCUUGCUAGCAAGGCCAAUAAAACAACAUAGUUGCAUUUGCACUAUUUCUUGCAGUGAGUGAGGCAAUGGGGAGAGCCACCAGGUGGGUGAAGAGCUUGUUUGGCAUUAAAAGAGAGAAAGAGCACAAACAAAACUCAAAGUGUGUUGAGUCCAAAAGCAUGGAAUGUGCUAAUAAUUCAAGAGUUUUGUGUCACAAUCCAGGUACUAUACCCCCCAACAUUUCCCAAGCAGAGGCUGCAUGGUUGCAAUCUUACUGCUCUGAAAAGGAACAGAACAAGCACGCCAUUGCAGUUGCCGCCGCCACGGCAGCUGCUGCAGAUGCUGCUGUGGCCGCUGCACAUGCUGCGGUGGCCGUUGUUAGGCUCACCAGUCAAGGAAGGGGUGGCACCAUGUUUGGUGUUGGACCUGAGAUGUGGGCUGCCAUCAAGAUUCAGACUGUGUUUAGAGGAUACCUGGCAAGGAAGGCACUGAGGGCAUUAAAGGGAUUGGUGAAGUUGCAGGCACUUGUCAGAGGGUAUUUAGUGAGGAAGCAAGCAACAGCAACCCUGCAUAGUAUGCAGGCUCUUGUUAGAGCUCAAGCUACAAUUCGGUCCCACAAAUCUCGCAGGCUCAUGAGCACAGAGAAUGAAGCAUAUAGAUCUCAGAGCCGAGCAAGAAAAUCCAUGGAAAGGUUUGAUGAUACUAGGAGUGAGUAUGCAGUUCCCAUACACAGUAGAAGGGUAUCAUCAUCUUUUGAUGCCACAAACAACAAUAGUGUUGAUGGGAGCCCCAAAAUAGUGGAAGUGGACACUGGCAGGCCUAAGUCAAGGUCUAGAAGGACAAUAUCAGAUUUUGGUGAUGAACCAUCAUUUCAGGGCCUUUCCUCUCCCUUCCCAAUUUCAUACAGAACGACCCCAACACGUUUGUCCACACCAUACCAAAGGAAUUUUCAGGACUCUGAAUGGGGGUUAACAGGAGAAGAGUGUAGGUUCUCCACAGCACAAAGCACUCCACGCUUCAGACAUUCUUGUAGUUGUGCACCUAUGACACCAAAGAGUGUGUGCACUGAUAACUUGUUCCCCGGGCAAUAUUUUGGGAAUUUUCCAAACUACAUGGCUAGUACCAAGUCUUUUAAGGCCAAAUUGAGGUCUCAUAGUGCUCCAAAGCAAAGACCAGAACCAGGUCCAAGGAAGAGGCUCUCACUCAAUGAAAUGAUGGAGUCUAGGAGUAGCUUGAGUGGGGUUAGAAUGGAGAGGUCUUGCUCACAGGUUCAAGAAGUCAUUAAUUUCAAGAAUGCUGUGAUGAGUAAGCUUCAUAAAUCCUCAGAAUCUGUUAGGGAAACAGAUAGAAACUACUUCCACCAGAGGAGGUGGUAACUGACUAGUGAACUUAGGACAGAUUCAUAAAGAUAUCUACCUCUCUUUGCUUUUUACACUGUUAAUAAACUCUAUUUCUUCCCCCCAAGAUUGGCAAUUUGCAGAUACAUCGUUUGGUCUUUCUCA